GGCUAACGGUGUGGGCAACAUGAUUGAUGCUUGAAAAGGAACUUCCUUAACACUUUCCGGACCGCAGCAUAUGCUGCAAGCCAAUUUCACCAUUUUUUUGUCAAAAAUAUCUAAGCUCAGGAAUUAAUUGAGGUCCUACAAAAAAUAUCUUACAUUUGGACAUCCUUAUAGUUUGUAAUCAUCCACAAGAAUAGGAUUUUUAUCAGUUCUGAAUAAUUAAAAAAAAACAUCGUUUUUCACAGAAUAUUCAUAUGCUGCUUUGGGAACUCAGAGUCCCAAAAGAGACGAAAGAGUCAAAUCAUUUAACUUUUUUUAUUGAAAAAGGAAGCCUGAUCUGGCCGAAAGUCUCAUGAAGGAACGUGGUCACGUGGCGCGUGCCCGUGAAUACACAAAUUUUAAUUUAUUAAAAUAAAUUAAUUAGUUUAUUGUACAAUAUUUUAUAAAACCUUUCCAAUAUUGAGGUGAGUCUCCUAAUUUUCAUUUCUAUCCUAUGAGUUAUCAACUCUUUAAUGAUUGAAAUUAUCAUCUAUAUUUUAUUUAAAUCUUAAUCUUUCAACUCUGGGCAAUAGCGGUUGCCGUGAAACGAAGGAGUAUCAACAACAUGCUCCAAGGGAAAAAUUGUUGGAGCAGCUGUUGUUGAAAAUAUCCUGUUCAGAAGCCCCGUGAAAAGUCCUCCCCCACGUGAUUGUGUUUGUAAGCAGAAGCUGGAUCCCUAUCCUUCCGCAAAUGCAUAGCUUAGCGAAAGGGUAGUGAGUGCGAAAGGAAAAUUUAGUAAUCUUCCUACCUCAAUCCAGUCCCAAGUCUCCACUUUCUCCCUUCCGUUCCGAGGAAAACUGUGUCAAACUUGUGAUAAUAAAUCAAUACGUGUCGCGAGGAGAUUGAUUUUCAACACACACGCUUGGAAAAUUCCCGGUCAACAUGGAGAGUGUCUACAGUUCCAGUAGCUCCAAAUUUUCCACUUCAGCCGUGCAUGGGAGGAAGCUGGGCGGCAGGCAAGCUACAAUGGUGUCUUCGGGAGCAAGUGAGGUGCGCCAGAGAAUCCUGUCAGCACGUCUGCUUCGUGUGAAGCAUCUCCAGAAUCAAUUGUCUGUGGCUCAGCAGCAAGUUUUUGAACUUAGCCAGGAAAAUCGCAGCAUGAAAACCAUGCUUCGAAGGCAGGAAAGUGCUCUUAUGAAAUACGAUGGAGCCAAUGCUGAACUUCCUCAGCUUCUCAAUUCCCACGCUGAAGAGAUUCGAACAUGGCAUGCAAAGUGUCGAGAGCUGCAGAGGCAGAACAAGGACUUGAUGGCCAAACUGAAGCAUAAGGAGCAAGUUAUCCUCACAAUUUCUGACGAGAAUAAACAUUUUCACCAGCUCAAUAAGGACAGGCAUUUAGAGGACCGGGAAAAGCUCUCAAAUCGUGUUAAGGAACUAGAAGCUCGCCUUGUAGAGAAAGAUAAUGAUAUAAAAUUAAUGGCGAGGAAGCUGCAACUGGAAUCCAAGAGCUUCCGUAAUCAGAUGCAUCAGGAAAAUCUCAAGUAUCGCGAAGUCUGUCAGAAGCUGGAUAAAGCUACCAGUGAAGUAACCCGCUUGACGGCUAGACUUGAUAUGGGAGAUCGACGAAUGAAUGGAGGAGCCCUACUGGUACGUGGAUUCCAUCAAAAGAACUUCAUGUUCAGGGAAUCACAUUCGGCCCAUUUUACAAAUUCCCUCGCGCCUAUAAAUCAGCACUACAGAGUAAGUGGAUCUUCCUCAGCGUGUUCUAAAUCCCCUGAAGAAACCACACCGCAUCGACUGGAAAAGCUCCCAGUCACGGACGCCGAUGAGGAGGCUAGAAAAAAGAAAAACGCUUCGAAGAAGUUGCGGGAAAUAAUGAAGCGUGCCGAAAGUAGUGAGAGGAGUACUACAAAAAGUGUCUCUAGUGAAGAGUCUGCUGGACAUGUCAAUGGUGAAGACUUCCCAGUGCGAGAUCUUCCUCCGGAUCUAGUAGAUAGAGAAACUUCUCAAAAUGACGCUGAAGCUGAACUUCUGCAGAAGUUUGAGAGUUUAUCGUCCAAAGAAGAUGUGAAGAUCAAUGAAGCAAUUUUGGAUGAAAUAUGCGACAAUGUCAUAAAGAACGGACUGGAUAAACCCCCAGAAAAGCCGGAAGAAGUCCAGGAAGAAGCUCCAAUUCAACAUACCGUUACUUUUCAAAAAAAGAUGGUUCAACCGUCAAAGCGACAAAAUAUUGAUCAAAAAAAGAAAACCAAGCUUCUGGCUGCUCUCAAGGCAAUUGACGCCAAUGAAAGCUUUGAUAGUUAGGA